AAAUGGGGAAGCCCAGCCGAGCAAGGGCAAAAAGACCAAAUAAAUGAUAAAUCUGGCCGAGGCUGCCAAAGCAUACAUAGGUGUGGGAAGAUGGAAUAAAACAGCAAGAGAGAGACGUUAGAAUAACAAGCACAAACUAUCUCUCUCCUUUUCAUUUUGGAAAACAAGCAAAAAGAAAGGAAUGGGUGGUGGUGGUGGUGAUUCAGACAUUGCACCGCAUCCCGAGAAGAUAAAGAUUGUGGCCACAUGCCUGGUGGUUUCCGUUGGCAUAUCCCUCUUAGGCUUCUAUCUCAAGUCCGGCGCCGAAUGGAGGUCUAAUUGGUCAUUAUCUUUAAACAAGAAAAAGAAGAAGCCAAUCCGAGUUUACAUGGACGGAUGUUUCGACAUGAUGCACUACGGCCACUGCAACGCCCUCCGCCAAGCACGCGCCCUUGGAGAUCAAUUGGUGGUCGGCGUUGUUAGCGACGCUGAAAUCAUAGCCAAUAAAGGUCCUCCAGUGACACCUCUCCACGAGAGGAUGAUUAUGGUAAAUGCAGUGAAAUGGGUGGAUGAGGUGAUUUCCGAUGCGCCGUAUGCUAUCACCGAAGAGUUCAUGAAGAAGCUUUUUGAUGAAUAUAAUAUUGAUUAUAUUAUUCACGGAGAUGAUCCUUGCGUUCUCCCUGACGGCACCGAUGCUUAUGCGCUCGCUAAGAAAGCUGGCCGUUACAAACAGAUUAAGCGCACUGAAGGCGUCUCCAGCACUGAUAUCGUUGGUCGCAUGCUUCUGUGUACCCGAGAGAGAUCGAUUAGUGACAGUCACAAUCAUUCAUCAUUGCAGAGGCAGUUUAGCCAUGGAAACAGCCAGAAAUUUGAAGCAGGUGGAUCCGGAACUGGAACUCGGGUUUCUCAUUUCCUUCCUACUUCACGCAGAAUUGUUCAAUUCUCCAAUGGCAAGGGGCCAGGGGACGAUGCUCGCAUAGUUUAUAUUGAUGGUGCAUUUGAUCUCUUCCAUGCUGGACAUGUCGAGAUUCUCAGGCUUGCUCGAACGCUGGGAGAUUUUCUACUUGUUGGAAUACACAAUGAUCAGAUCGUCAGUGCUAAAAGAGGAGCACACCGUCCUAUUAUGAAUCUUCAUGAAAGAAGCUUAAGUGUGUUGGCAUGUCGAUAUGUGGAUGAGGUGAUUAUAGGUGCUCCAUGGGAAAUAUCCAAAGACAUGAUCACAACCUUCAACAUCUCAUCAGUUGUUCAUGGGACAGUUGCAGAGAACGAUGACUUUCAGAAGGAACAAGACAAUCCAUACGCUGUGCCAAUCAGUAUGGGUAUCUUCAAAGUUUUGGAUAGCCCUUUGGAUAUUACAACUACCACGAUAAUUAGGAGGAUUGUAUCAAAUCAUGAAGCAUAUCAGAAACGUAAUCAGAAGAAGGCAGAAAGUGAGAAGAGAUAUUACGAGGAUAAAACUUAUGUCGCUGGUGAUUGAGUCUACACCAAGCCGCAACCGCAUGGCUUGUUGACUGCACGUUUGUUUAGUUAGUAAUACCGCUAUAAUGGAGUUACUUGAGUGCUAACAUCACACACAACCCCAUGAGGUUGUGAUUUGUGGUUUAGAUCUCACAUAUUUUUUAUUUUUAUUUUUAUUAAUAUCAAAAUUGAGGAGCUGGAUUGUUAAGUGUUUUCAA